CUUUUUUGAUUCUGGUCCGUCUAUUUCAUGUUGUGCCAAUAACUGUAAAGCAAGAUGCUUUCACUUUACCAACAGUUGGCUUUCGUUUGACUGGUGCUGAACUGAGAACUAAAUACACACAAUCGACGUUCUUUUGCGCUAAUGAGUGUGUAAGGCUAAAUGAGUGCUUAGCUUAUAAUUACAAGCAUGAAAAUGGCACAUGCCAACUAAUGGCAACAUCUGAUCUAUCUACAGCCGAACCAGAUGAUGACUUCCAAAUAAUAAGAAAAAAGAUUACAUGUAUUGACCAGCCGUGCUUGCAUGGAGGGACCUGCCAGGAUGAACCUACAUCUGUAUAUGAUAUAAGAGGUUACAGAUGUACUUGUCCUUGCGGACGUUGUGGACCGAAUUGUGAGAAGUUACACUUCGGACAAGUAGAAAAUGCAUGCAUCUAUCUAUUCAACGCAGGAUAUCAGAAGGUAGCAAGUCAACAAGAAUGUAUGUCUUUCUGUUGGGACACACAAGGAUGCAGAUCCGCAGAUUAUAUUAACAGCCAAGGGGCGUGCUGGCUGAAUUCUGUCACAGGUGACGAAGAACCCCUCACAAUGGAUUGCGACAAAUGGUACCCUGGAGUAGCAUACCUUUUCUUCAACUGCACUUGUGAUGCUUGAUUUAUUCUAAUAUAAUUUCACACAA